UGCCCCCCUCCCGCACCACCAGCCCCCCUCACCCUGGCGCCGCCAUGCGCAUGGUGGAUUUGUGCCUGGCCUCCGAGGGCACCGAGGUCAUCUUGGCCACGUCCAGCGACGAGAAGUACCCGCCCGAGAACAUUAUUGAUGGGAAUUCAGCUACCUUCUGGGCCACCACGGGGAUGUUCCCCCAGGAGUUCAUUAUUUGUUUUCACAAACACGUGAAGAUCGAAAAGCUCUCCCUCCAGUGCUAUUUUGGCCACACUGCAUUCCAGAGAUCACCCCAAGGGUUCAAGUACGGGAAGCUAGUGCGGAGUAUCAGAAUUGAUAAGAGCAAUGCCAAAGAGCCAGUUGACUUUGAACGGUGGGUGGAAAGAGACCUGGUGCACACCGAGGGACAGCUUCAGAUGGAAGAGUUUAUGUUCCGGGACGGCUACGCCACUCACUUGCGGAUCGUUAUCAAAUCGGCCUUCGAUCACUUUGUGUCAGUGCACAGAGUUUCUAUAGAAGGACUCGAUGUCUCAUCCCUCACCUAAGAAUUCCUGAAAGCAGCUUGUGUGUGAUUUUGUACUGAUAUUUGUGUAAAUACACAGUUGUCCUCUUAGCAUAUUA